AGCGGGAAAAAUUGUCUUCCGAACGGAGAUGAGAUAGCCUCAGCCCAAACCACAGAAGGUCUAAACCUCAUAUUAAUGGCUGGAAAUGUUAUUAAUUUCCAGGCCCAUGUGAUUGUCAACACUGUUUCCCAGACACUUCAACUUGGAAACGGACCACUAUCUCGGGCUAUUUUGCAGAAAGCUGGUCCAAAGCUCCAGGAAGAGUUGUAUGCUGUCAAGCAGGGAACAGUGGAGAAAAUAGGUAGCAUAUUCAUAACAAGUGGCUGUAAUCUGAACUGCCAAGCUGUCUUCCAUGUCGUGGCACCAACUUGGGAUAAUGCAGCAGGGCGCUCUCAGCAGAUCAUGGCAAAAAUAAUCAAGAAAUGUUUGGCAACUGUAGAAGAGUUAUCUUUUUCAUCCAUCGUAUUUCCCAUGAUUGGAACCGGAAAUUUGAGAUUUCCCAAAGCUAUUUUUGCUAACCUAAUCCUUUCGGAAUUGUUCAAAUUUAGUAGCAGAAGCUGGCGGAAAACCUUACAAAAAGUUUACUUGCUCGUACAUCUAGGUGAUGAUGAAAUCCAGCAGGCAUUUUUAGAUGAAUUCACUAAAGGGUUGUAUGGAAAUCCCAACAAGGACAGGAUUCUCACAACUGAAGGGGCCUUCAGCCCUGUCUCCAGCCGUGGAAUCAUUUCAUAUGGAAUGAAAAUCGGUGCAAUUACUUUCCAGAUUGCUACUGGAGAUAUUAGAAAAGAAAAGGCAGAUGUGAUUGUAAACUCAACAACAAGAACAUUUAAUCUGAAAUCAGGGGUGUCAAAAGCAAUUUUAGAAGGUGCCGGACCAGCUGUGGAAAAUGAAUGUGCUAUACUAGCUGCACAGCCUCACGGAGAUUUUAUAGUUACACAAGGUGGAAACUUGAUGUGCAAGAUAAUAAUCCAUGUUCUCGGGGAAAAUGAUGUCAGGAAAACAGUCUCCACUGUUCUAGAAGAGUGUGAGCAGAGGAAGUACACUUCUGUUUCCCUUCCGGCCAUUGGAACAGGAAAUGCUGGAAAAAACCCAACCACAGUUGCUGAUGAUAUGAUCAGUGCUGUUAUAGACUUCGCACAGAAACAUCCCAUCCCAUCAUUACGAAGAGUUAAAGUUGUCAUCUUUCUAUUUGAAUUGCUACAUGUAUUCUAUGACAACAUGAGAAAGAGAGAGAAGUCCGCAUCACCUGUCCUUCAGCCCACACGCUUCGAGACUGCAUGUAAUCUUCCUGAACACUGGGCUGACAUGAAUCAGCAGCUAUCCUGUGUGAUUGAGCUACUCCCCGGACAGUCAGAAUAUUACACCAUAAAGGACAAGUUCUCUGAGACUUGUCCUUCCUACAAAAUAGAGAAGAUUGAACGGAUACAGAAUGUAUGCAUCUGGCAGAGCUACCAGAUAAAGAAAAACCACAUGGACAUGAAGAAUGGCCAUACAGAUAAUGAGAGAAUUCUGUUCCAUGGGACAGAUGCAGACUCAGUGCCAUAUGUCAAUGAGCAUGGCUUUAAUCGCAGUUAUGCUGGGAAGAAUGGAGCAGCCUAUGGACAAGGAACCUAUUUUGCUGUUAAUGCCAAAUAUUCUGCUAAUGAUAAAUAUUCCACACCAGACAGCAAUGGGAGAAAGCAUGUUUAUGUUGUACGAGUGCUUACAGGAGUCUACACAUGCGGACAUGCAAGAUUAGUUACCCCUCCAUCAAAGAAUCCUUACAAUCCCACAGAUCUCUUUGACUCUGUCACAGAUGAUACACAACAUCCAAGUCUAUUUGUGGUAUUCUCUGAUAAUCAAGCUUACCCAGAAUAUCUCAUAACUUUUAGGUGUUAAAAAAUAGGGUUUUUUUUAACCUCUAAGAGAUUGUUUAGUUGUCUAUUUAUAAGAACAAAUUUAUAGAA